UCAGGGACACAUCGCUGAGCAACUUAAGACUAGCAGCCCAGCACUUGCAUUUGGGAGCGUCGCAGUAUUUUUCUAGCCGCUAUGUCGACGGCUGAGGUUUAUGAUUACAUUGUCAUCGGUGCUGGGGUGCAAGGGUCCUUUACUGCUUAUCAGCUGGUUAAAAGGAAAAAGAAAACUCUACUCCUUGAGCAGUUUACUCUGCCGCACACCCGAGGGAGUUCCCAUGGCCAAACCCGUAUGAUACGUAAGGCUUACGACCAAAACUUCUACACACACAUGAUGGACGAAGGCUAUGAACUGUGGGCUCAGCUGGAGAGGGAGGCUGGUGUCAAACUGUUCAGGCGAACAGGACUUCUGGUGAUGGGACCAGAAAACAGUCGGAGCUACCUCGACUUUAAAAGCACCCUGGAGAAGAACAAGAUUCCUAUGGUGGUCCUGACCCCUGACAACUUCAAUCAGCACAUUCCUAAUGUCAUCCUGGCUGAUGGAGAUGGCGCUUUGGUGGACACCACUGCUGGAGUGUUAUACGCAGAUCGGGCACUCAAGGUUGCACAGGGGCAGUUUCACAAAUUGGGUGGUGUCAUUAAAGACCAAGAGAAGGUAACAGACAUCAAGCCUGGCCUGACUGUGACUGUUUCAACCUCUGCUGGUGUUUAUCAAGCCAAGGGUCUUGUGAUCACCGCCGGCGCUUGGGCUAAUGAAUUGCUGGCCCACGUGAACCUACAUCUUCCUCUAGAGGUGAUGAGAAUCAAUGUGUGCUAUUGGAAAGAGAAGGUACCUGAUUCAUACCAUGUGAAUAAACGCUUUCCCUGCUUCUUGCUGACUGAAGGAGAGGAAGCUAAAGACCAUAUUUAUGGCCUCCCUUCCAACGAAUACCCUGGCCUCAUGAAGAUUUGCUACCAUUACGGCAGUGAGACUGAUCCGGACCAAAGAGACAAGAAGACAGACUGUGCUGAUAUUGACAUCCUCCGGCGCUACAUUGCCCGUUAUUUGCCAGGUGUGAUCCCUGAGCCCGCUGUGGUCGAGAGCUGCAUGUAUACGCUAACACCUGACCGUCAUUUUGUGGUGGACCGCCACCCUGCAUAUGGCAAUAUCGUAAUUGGCACAGGAUUCUCAGGUCAUGGCUUCAAGUUUGGGCCAGUCAUUGGCAAGCUGCUGUGUGAGCUUAGCCUGGGAGAAGUGCCAUCCUAUGACCUUUCACCUUUCCAAAUCAGCCGCUUCCAGACCAUGAAAUCAUCUUUAUAGACGUGCUCUCAAGUUUCAUUUGUGGUGUUGAUAACGAUGACGGUUUUUCUUAUCAUUAUUUAUAAGGCACUUUUCAUUUGAAGAAUGUCAAAUUGAUACCGCGUAAAGAAAAUCAUAAAACAAGUCCUCUGGCCUAAAUAUUGUUUGAAAAUACAAGUUCUGAUAUCAAUGUGUAGAUUUUCAAGAAAAUUGAACUUGAAAUUCUAGCUACAAAUCCGAUAAAGAUUGAGCGAAGAGUAUUUUUGGAGCACUUUCAAGUAAACACAGACAUGCUACAUGUAUUGAAGAAGACAAAAGACUUACAAAUAAAAAAAAAAAGUCAAAUCAAUAUGAGACACCAGUUAAGGUGAAGAGAGGUGGAAAUAAUGGCUUGAUUAAGCGAACAGAACCACACCAUCUGACUCACCCAGAUGUGCCCAUCGGACCCUCACAACACAUUUGGAUCUGCCGAGCCUGAUCGACUUCCACCCACACCGUCGUAGCCAACUCACCCCAAGGCAAUCAUGCCAUUCCAGGUCUCACUGUAACUGCACAUAUGAUUAUUCAAGUCCCCUAGCAGAAUGAGGGCGUCUCCGAUGGGAGUGCUUUGAAGCAGGUAUCAAGCGUGACAUGACCGUGGAAAUGUGCGGUGCCUCGCGCCAACUGCAUGGCUGGCGUACGCACGUUUCUGCAGCUUUUGGUGCUUUGGCGACACUUGGAGGUGAUGCUGGGAAACUGUUCUCAUAAAUCUGCACAUCAGACACACAUGAACAAUUAGCACUGAUGAAAAAUUCAUGCCUGACAGCAUUUGAUUUCAACAAUGUCAAAAAUGCAAGUGUUUGGAAUUCACUUGUUCACCAGUGUAUUUAAUGAAUCACUGAUAUUUGUGAGGACGCCUAUUAAUUGAUCAAGGUGAUCAUUUAUGCUGCCGAUUGCCCUCACAAUCGCUUCGUGACUCCAGCACAAGCACGGAAAAAAAAAAGUCCUUUGAAUUUACUUCAUUUGAACAUGUACAUCGGUUGCACAUGAUUAAAAUGUGCUUAAAUGACAAUAUAUAGUGUAUAAUAGUGUCUCUUCUCCUAA